AUGACAAAAUUGCACACAAACGACUCCAACAGUUUCAUUUCCACUGUCUGGUUGUCAGAAAAUGUACAGCUACUGCCCUUGUGUCUCCCUGAUGAGCGCUUAGCAUUGUUGCAGUUCAAGGAAAGCUUUAUCAUCGAUAAUUCUGCCUCAAGUAGUCCUGAUGCGUAUCCCAAAACUGAAUCCUGGAAACUGGAGGAGGAAAGAGGUGGUGAUUGUUGUUCAUGGAAUGGGGCGAGUGCGACAACAGCGCUGGUCAUCAGCAGCCUCUUCCGUCUUGUUCACCUUGAAGUGCUUAAUCUUGCCAACAAUGUCUUCAACAAUUCCAAAAUUCCUUCAGAGAUUAGGAAUCUGCCAAGACUGACAUUCCUAGACCUCUCUUACUCCAACUUCUCUGGUCAAGUUCCAUCAGAAAUCCUGGAGCUAUCAGAAUUAGAGCUCCUUGAUCUGUCAGGAAACUCAUUGAAGCUUCGAACGCUAGGCUUGAGAUCUCUGCUUGAAAAGUUAACCAAUCUUAAUGCACUUUCUCUCACUGAUGUGAAAUUUUCUUCUUUGGUACCUAAUGUCUCAGCAAAUUUGUCUUCGUUGACAACUUUAAUUUUAUCAAACUGUGACUUACCAAGUCUUCAGUUUCUCAGCUUGCAAUCCAAUCAAGAAGUUACAGGAUAUUUACCUGAUAUUCAGGGCAGUCAUCCUCUUUUGAAGUUAAGCCCUGCAAACACAAGCUUUUUCGGACAGCUGCCAGAAUCAAUUGGAAACUUCGAGUCCUUGGAAUAUUUAGACAUCAACAACUGCCAUUUUUCAGGGAAGUUACCAUAUUCACUUGCUAACCUUACUGAACUCAACUAUCUUGAUCUGUCUUACAAUAACUUUUCGGGACCUACUCCUCCUUCAGCUGGAAACCUAAACCAGCUCAUGAGUUUGGAUUUCUCUUAUAACAAUUUUUCAGGGGAGAUCCCUUCUUCCUUAGCCAAUCUUACCCAACUUGUUUAUCUGUCCCUUUCCACCAAGAGUUUCGACCAUGGAACCUUGUCCUGGAUUGGUAAACAAACCAAUCUAACAGACUUGGAUUUGUCAAACACCAAUUUAACUGGAAACCUUACCGAGCUAAGUGAGAUGAAAUUCCAGGAAAAUAUUUUGAGUGGGUCUAUUCCAGAAUCAAUCUUCCAGCUUGAGAAUCUUGAACUUCUUUAUUUACAAAGAAAUCAACUAACAGGAAUUCUCAAGUUGGACUCAUUCCUUGAGCUUAAAAAUCUCACCAGACUCCAACUUUCAGGCAACUACCUGUCCUUGCUAAACAAUGAGGUUCCUGCCGUUCUCCCAUGGAGUAGCUUAGAGGUUUUCAACCUUGCUUGUAACAUGUUUCAUGGAUCACUGCCCCAUCCACCGCCUACCAUCAGCUCUUAUUUGGUCUCGAAUAACUCGCUGUCGGGAGAAAUCCGGUCAAUGAUCUGCAAUCUUUCUCCUCUUCUGGCCUUGGAUUUGUCCAAUAACAACUCGACUAGGAUGCUGCCGCCAUGUUUAGUCAUUCUAAGUGACUCUCUAAAAGUUCUCAACCUUCGAAAUAAUCACUUUACCGGUGCUAUUCCUCCAACAUAUACGAAGAGCUGCGGGUUGAGUGUGAUGGACUUGAGCCAAAAACAAUUGCAAGGCAGAAUACCAAGAUCAUGUUAG